UGUUGUUAAAUCACAACUGUUAAUAAAGAUUCUUUAUUAUCAUUUUUUACAUUAACGAUGAAAAAUUUCAUAGGUUAUCAAAUAUGACACGAAAAACUUUAAUGACUGGUAUUCUAUGCUUUGUUUGUGGCAUACUACUGGGAUAUGCAACAAGUAUUUUGAUAAAUGAUAAUGAUCUAAAAGAAAAACAACGAAAGCGACGAAAACGAAAUGAUGAUGAUGAUGAUGAUGUUAGAACCUUUAGAAUUGAAUUUGAAAAAGAAAUUCAUCGUCUUUACGAUAAGUUGGAUGCUAUUCAACAACAAUUGAAAGCAAACAACAAGAAAAUCAAACAUAAUUCUAGAGAAGAUUCAUCCGAUGAAACAGAUUAUCAACCUGAACAAUUCUAUGAUACAAUUGAAAUUUUUAAAGAUGAAAUUAACGAACAAGAUGAUGAUUAUAGCCGAAUCGAUGAAAUGUUUGAAAAUGAUUCGGUUGAUGUGCAAUAUAUCUCCGAUUAUCUCAAACAAAAAUUGUUAAAAAAUCCAAAUGAUGUGGAAACGUUGUGGAGACUUUCGAAAGCAACACAUUUGUUGAGCAAAACCACUGUCCAUAUGAAUAAUGAAGAAUCCCGUAAAAAAUUACUUUAUGAAUCAUUUGAAAUGGCUGAUAAAGCUUUGAAACUUAAUGAUCAAAAUGCCAAUUGUCAUAAAUGGUAUGCCAUUUCGAUCGGUUGCCUUAAAGAUUUUGUUUCUAUCAGGGAAAAGAUACAAAAUGGCAUCAAAUUCAAAGAACAUUUGGAUAUUGCAUUGUCGUUGAAAGAUGAUGAUCCAACAUUAUAUCAUCUGGCCGGUCGUUUUUGCCUUGAAUUAUUGCUUAUUUCAUGGGCUGAACGAAAAUUGGCCGGUAUGAUUGUUGGUUAUAGUUUACCAUCAAUAACAAAUCAAGACGCCUUACAGUAUUUUCUUAAAGCAUAUCAACUCAAACCUCGAUGGAAAGAAAAUGUUUUCUAUAUUGUACAAACAUUAAUCCAGACGAAUGAGCAAGAAAAAGCACAUGAAUAUCUACGAGAAGCAUUAGCCAUUCCAUUUAAUAAAAAUUCCGGUGACGAACAAAUUAUGCAUGAUAAAUUACUUAAACUUGAAUCAUCAAAAUUUUCGUGACAAGAUUUUAUUUCGUAUUUUUUUAUAAUAAUUUGAUUCAAAUAAAAAUAAU